AUGCGUCAAAAGAGAGCUAAAUCUUAUAGAAAACAGUUAUUAGUAUACACACAUACUUUCAAAUUUAGGCAGCCAUAUCAAGUAUUAGUAGAUGACCAAAUCGUGUUAAAUGCAACUACGUCAAAAUUUAACUUGGUAAAAAGUUUAAGUCAAACUUUACAGGCAGAAGUGAAACCAAUGAUUACACAAUGUUGUAUACAGGCAUUAUACGCUACUGAAAAUCAAAAUGCCAUUAAUCUAGCUAAAAGUUAUGAAAGGCGUCGUUGUAACCAUCCUCCAAAUGAUGCAAAGGCACCAGCCAUCUGCAUUGAAAGUGUAGUUAAUGUUGAUGGUGAAAAUAAACAUAGAUAUGUGGUGGCCACACAAGAUAUUAAAUUGAGGCGUAAAUUAAGAAGAGUUCCUGGUGUUCCAUUGUUACAUAUAAAUAGAUCGGUUAUGGUUAUGGAACCAUUAAGUGAUGCUAGUGCAAGAAUUAGUAGGAAGAUGGAACAAGAGAAACUUUUUAAAGGCUUGAACGAUCCUAAGUAUGCCGGUCUAAAAAAGAAUGAUGAAGCUGAUAUAGAAGAUUUAAAGAAUCAAGAAGUAAGGAAAAGGAAAUCGGGACCUAAAGAACCCAAUCCAUUAAGUGUAAAAAAGAAGAAGAAACAAACCGAUACAGAAUCUGGAAAUAAGAAUAAGGAAGAUAUUAAUAAGGCUAUCUCAAUAGAGGAAAGCAAUAAGAAGAAGAGAAAGAGAAGACACAAGAAGAAAAAUAAAGAAAACCAAAUAGAAGACAAUAGUAAACAGGAGGCAGAGAAUGUAGAGAAGAGUUCAGAAGUUGAUGAAACAGAGUCAUUGGAACGUCAAGAACAUUCAGAUUGA